GAUAGCGAGUUAGGAAUGACUUUGGAGGUUGGUGAGCUCUAUCGCGAGAAACCCCAUGACGAGUGGGACGAAUGGAUACCAGAUAAUGUCCCACGAGACAUUGCAACAGCACCAGAAUCACUCAAACGCGCUAUUGUUGUCUAUAAAGAGCGACGACCACCAAAGCCUGCGCUCGUGCUCCACUCAAUUGUCGUCCAGAGCCCCCUUUUACGGAAAGUGCUUAAUCGCAUGUUUGAAGGAUACGAGGGUAUCAGUACCAAGUUGAAGGAAUUGAGAUUCUAUGCUCCAUUUCACGAGUUCUACUACAGAUGGCACUGGCUCGAACGAUUAAUGGAGGAGGAGAAGGACGAACCAACAAGGAAGCAUCUCGAAUUCAUAUUUCCGCUGGUUCACAGCCAGAUAUUUCCACACAUCGAAACAAUGGAAGACUUUACCAAAAACGGCGUAAUCUCGUUCGACUACCUAUGGGCAAUUUUCCCUCCUGGAACCAACGUUUUCUCGCAACUUGACGGUCAAGAGCGCAUCUUCAGUCUGGUAAAGACUGCAUAUGGGGUUGAAGUAGAUGGCACCCGCUAUAUGUACGUCAAAUGCCGGUACAUUGAUGGCGACGGCACGAAGUUCGGCUUCGUCCAUCACAGAACAAAUUUAUACAGUUUUGAAGGUGUUAGAGAGAUCACGAAGUUGGAGAUCUUCCCUGCACAUUUACACCCGGACGCAGAAGGGCUGGUACGGAGACUCCAAAUACGGGGAGAGAAGUUUGAGAACCUCAAUGGUUUUCACCACUUAGCCUACUCUGGUCUUUUUCUCGACCAUAGUCAACCCAGUCGAUUAGGUACAAACGGAAAACACCAUAUCGAUAACAGCCGGAUCAUUGUUGACUCUGUCAUGUUCUCUCAAAAAGUAAUACUUCGUGAUCGAUUUCAACCACUCGAGGACCAUAACGAGCAAACUGAUGAUGGCGAUCUUAUCGGCGGUGUAUUGAAUGUUAUGCGCCGUGCUACCAGGAAGGCAUUCGAGAGAUUCAGUUCCAUCGUGAAGCAAUACGACGACAGACUCUUUACGGGCACAAGUACCUCAAAGCUCACAGCCGAGCAGCUGAUGCUAUGUACUGCUACAGUCAAGGGCUUCUGCUUAGUGACGAAGAAGUGGGCGGAAUUCUAUGUAAACAACACAGCCCCAAUUAGAUGGAAUGAGCAAGCCUUCAGUAGACUAGUACUUCCGCACGGAAAUAAAGAGAUUAUCCAUGCGUUUGUAGAGGAACAGCUAUCCGGAGAAGUUACCUUCGAUGACAUCAUUCAGGGCAAGGGGCAAGGUUUCAUAAUGCUGCUCAGUGGUGAACCAGGAGUCGGUAAAACACUUACAGCCGAGUCCGUAUCAGAGAAGAUGCGAAAGCCCCUAUACAGUAUGAGCGCUGGCGAGCUCGGCGAAACGGCGUCUGAAGUCGAGGGGUCACUAACUUCAGUACUUGGACUCACAUCGAAGUGGGGUGCAAUCCUGCUGCUUGAUGAGUGUGACAUCUUCCUGGAAAGACGUACUACUACGGACAUCCGUCGUAAUAGACUAGUCUCAAUCUUUCUCCGACACCUCGAAUACUUCAAGGGUGUCAUGUUCCUGACUACGAAUCGUGUAUCGACGAUCGAUGCAGCCUUCGAAUCGCGAGUUCAUCUUACGAUCGAUUACCCAACACUGGACGAACAGAGUCGUCUGCACAUUUGGCGAACGUUUAUGACUCCUUCCUAUGACGGCGUAUAUAGCAGCAAUUUGAGCGAGGAAGAGCUGCUAAGUUUAGCGAAAACACCACUGAACGGACGACAGAUCAAGAAUACUGUAAAGACCGCGCAACUGCUUGCCAAGCAGAAGAAGCGACCGCUAGAAAUGCAGGAUGUUGAGCUCGUGCAUAGUGUAAGAAUGGGAACUAGGAAACGUAAAAGGCCUUGAGCUCUUGGAACCACUUGCGACAAAGGAAUCGAC